CACUGCCCCUACGAUAUUUUAUAGCCAUGGCCCCCAUGCCUUCGACAGUAUCAGAAAACCAACAACAACCGAUCCGAUCCACCUAUGUGCCUCCAUAUAGCCGCACACAGUCGUCUCCAAGCAGCCCCUUGAAGUCGUCCUCUGCUGUCGACUACAACUUUGAUGGUUGCAACGGCCAACAGCAACAGGAUCAGCCAGAUUAUCUUCGCCUUAUCCUCACUGCUCGAUGCUACGAUAUAGUCAAACAAUCACCUUUAACGCAUGCCAUCAACCUCUCCAGCCGCACUGAGAAUAAUAUUUACUUAAAGCGAGAGGAUCUUCAAGAUGUAUUUUCAUUCAAGAUUCGUGGGGCAUAUAAUAAAAUGGCACAUCUCUCAGAGGAAGAGCGCCGUCGGGGUGUGAUCGCCUGUUCUGCUGGCAAUCAUGCACAAGGAGUUGCAUCAGCCGCCAAAACCAUGGGGGUCAAGGCGACCAUUGUGAUGCCCACUCCAACACCCGAAAUCAAGUCAAGAAAUGUGUUGCGGCUAGGCUCCACCGUAAUCUUACAUGGAAAGAACUUUGAUGAAGCUAAAGCCGAAUGCGAACGGUUGACUGCUUUAGAAAAUUACACCAAUAUUCCACCUUUUGAUGAUCCAUAUGUAAUUGCCGGUCAAGGAACCAUCGGAGCCGAAAUCUUGCGACAGCACAAUCUGCAAGAAAUUGAUGCCAUAUUUUGUUGUGUCGGCGGCGGAGGACUGAUUGCUGGUAUUGCAGCCUAUGUGAAGAGAGUAGCCCCUCAUAUCAAGAUCGUAGGCUGUGAGACUGCUGAUGCCAACGCGAUGACACAGAGUCUUAAACAAGGCAAGAGAGUGCAACUCACAGAUGUGGGUCUCUUUGCAGAUGGAGCAGCAGUCAAAGUAGUAGGAGAAGAGCCUUUCAGGUUGUGCCAAACUUUAGUUGAUGAAAUGGUUGAGGUGACAAACGACGAGAUCUGCGCCGCUAUCAAAGACAUCUUUGAAGAUACGCGCUCAAUCGUUGAGCCUGCAGGAGGAUUAGCAGUAGCAGGAUGUAAAAAAUACUUGCGGGAACACAAUCUAACGAGCAAGACUUGUGUGGCUGUGACCUCUGGUGCAAAUAUGAAUUUUGAAAGACUCCGCUUUGUAGCAGAGCGAGCCUUGCUUGGUGAGCAGAAGGAGGCAUUGUUAUCAGUUGUUAUACCUGAACAACCAGGGGCCUUCUUGAAACUCUACAAGCACAUUCAUCCCCUGAUGGUCACUGAAUUCUCAUACAGAUACGCGGCUAACAGGAGAGCGCAGAUCUUUAUGUCAUUCCUAUGUCAGGAUCGACGGAGGGAGGUACCCGUGAUCAUGGAGACUCUAAACAGAGAGGAUAUGCAGGCUUGGGAUAUCAGUGAGGAUGAGAUGGCAAAGAGCCAUGCACGCUACAUGAUCGGUGGUAGAUCGGACGCUGCUAAUGAGAGGAUGAUCCGCUUCGAAUUUCCAGAGAGACCUGGUGCAUUGUUGCAAUUCUUAGAGGGAUUGAGAGCUGGAUGGAAUGUGUCACUCUUUCAUUAUCGUAAUCAUGGCUCAGAUAUGGGCAAGGUACUAGCCGGAUUGCAAGUACCAAAAGAGGACAAUGAAGAGUUUGCAAAAUAUCUGGCGAAUCUGAAUUAUCAUUGGGUAGAGGAAACAAACAAUCCGCUCUAUGAGCAGUUUUUCUGUCAUAGAAAAGUAGAGUAGGAAAGAAAGAAGAACAAAGAAG